CCAGUCCAUUGGCACCGGCGAGCGGUCCUUCCAGCUCCUGCGCUACAUCCAGGCUGUGGUGUCUGCAGUUGGGGGUUCCAAGAGCCAUACUAUGCACUUCCUGGAGGCAGAGGGCGGCUGGAGCUUGUCCUUCGCAGGCUCUGGUUUCUUGGGCCUCUACCACGUGGGCGCCACCCAGUGUCUGCGCCAGCGCGCGCCGCGCAUCCUCCAGGGCGCGAGUUGCUUCUAUGGCUCCUCCGCAGGCGCACUCAACGCCAUGACUAUCGUCUGCGGCAUGUCGACAGACUACAGCUGCUCCAAUCUCUUGGGCAUGGUGAAGCAUGUGGAGCGUCUGAGCCUGGGCAUCUUCCACCCGGCCUAUGGCCCCAUUGAGCAAAUCAGGAAACAGCUGCAGGACACCCUACCAGACAAUUGCCACAUCCUGGCCUCCCAGAGGCUGGGCAUCUCCAUGACCCGAUGGCCUGAUGGGAAGAACUGCAUAGUGACUGAUUUUGCCACUAGGGAUGAACUCAUCCAGGCUCUGAUCUGUUCCUUGUAUUUCCCUUUGUAUUGCGGGACAAUCCCUCCGGCCUUCAGAGGAGAGCGCUACAUCGAUGGAGCUCUGAGUAACAACCUGCCCUUCUCCGAUUCCCCCACCACCAUCACCGUCUCUCCCUUCUACGGAACGGCGGACAUCUGUCCCCAGAGCAAUUCAGGCAGUCUGUAUGAGCUGACCGCCUUCAAUGCCAGUUUCCAGAUCUCUACCAAGAACUUCUUUCAGGGGUUCAUAUCCCUGUUCCCCCCGAAGCCUGAGGUGGUGGCUGACUACUGCAGACAAGGUUAUCUGGAUGCUCUGAGGUUCCUGGAGAGACGGGGACUCACCAAGGAGCCAGUGCUGUGGUCACUGGUAUCGAAGGAGCCUCCAGCCCUCAUGGAGGGGCCCAGGAGUGCUGACUACGACCAGGACCAGAAGCUUACCCUGACUAUCAGGUGGGACAUCCCCAAUGUGCUGGUCAAGGAUGUGGCCGACUUCGAGCUGCUGUCGCCGGAGCUGGAGGCUGCACUGAGAAAGGCUUGCCAGCGAGACUUCUGGGCUCGAUUCCAGUGCUCGGUGCCAGGGAGGGCACUGACCUACCUGCUACUGCCCUGCACGCUGCCUUUUGAGUAUGUCUACUUCCGGAGCAGGAGACUGCUGCUGUGGCUGCCUGAAAUGCCAGCUGACCUGUGCUGGAUGCAGGGCCUCCUGAAGAGUACAACCCGUGAGGUCUACUCCAUGGCAAAGUCACAGCUGCUCAGGCUGGUCAGCCCAUCUGUCACCAGCGCAGACUCUGGUCCCCGCCAGCUGAGGACAGCUGCUUCUGAGAACCGGGCCUUGAAUCUCAGGCUUGCUAGCCGUGCACUGGGCUAGGCCAACCAAACAUGUGAACCUCUGGAACCCUGUCCUUGCCUCAUCCUGUGUGCUCAUGCCUGCCCAUGGCUGUGGCUCAUCCCCCAGGAGCUCUGAGCCCAACUCCCAGCUCAGCGAGGUUGCUGAGUUAUUGGCAAAAACACCUGGCCUCUUGCCCAUGCCAGGCUCUGUGCUUCUUAGGUGGGCAGGUUGUAACACGACUCUUAAAAGGUCUUAUAACAAAAAACCCAGAGCCAGAUAUUGUGGUGAAAGCUGAAAGAUCAGAGAAGCAGAACAGGCCAGCCACAAGUUCUUACCUCUAUCAAAUCCUCAGUCAAGAAAGUGAGUUCCUGUUUCCUCACACCUUAUAUACCUUUCUAUGCCCAGACAUCACUUCCUGGGAUUAAAGGAGUGUGUGCUUCCCAAGCAAAGGCAUGAGAUCUCAAGUGCUGGGAUUAAAGGUGUGUGCCACCAUGUCUGGCUCUGUUCCCAGUGUGGCCUAGAACUCACAGAGCUCCAGAUGAUCUCUGCCUCCCGAGAGAUAGGAUUAAAGGUGUGUGCCACCACUGCCUGACCUCUAUGUCUAAUUUAGUGGCUGAUUUUGUUCUCUGAUCCCCAGGCAAGCUUUAUUGGAGUACACAAUAUAUCACCACAUUUCCCCUUUUUUGUCUAAAAUAAAAAAGGUUAUAACUAAUAUAAGAAAAACUAUAUACAAUCAGUACAAUAACUAUAUACAAUAUAUAGAGGCAACAAAUAUAUCAACAAUAUAUAGUCCAUUAACAUUUGACAGAGUCAGACAAAAAACUCCAUUAUUUAUCCUAUCUUGGUGAGUCCAAAAUGUUGUACCUAAUUCACUUUUUAUCCUAACUUGUAUUACCAACCAAAAAUAUCUUUUGAUGUCUUUCAAUCUUAUACAUUUUACACUUCCUCAGUUAGUAACAAGGAAAACUAUAACUAUGUAAUCUUCAACUCCCUCAGAGACCCGAGAAGGAAAUAAUAUUAACUGAGUAAGCAGGAAGUGCAAACAAGUAACUUCUAAAAAAUGUGAGAAAUGACAGAAACAGCAGGCUGCCUGGACAGGUACCCAAGAUUUCUCUGCAACAUUGGGGCAUCCAUCUUUGGCCUACAGGCCUAGCAUAUCUGACAGACUCAUCUAUGAAGCAGGAUUUUCUUGCUUUUUUUUUUUUU